AUGAGGUUUUGCGUCACAGCGCGGGCCGAGCAGGCAACGUGCAGCCACUACCGCCCACCCAGUCGACGCAAGCUGUCACUACAAAUCACCCCGCCGUGUGAAAGCGAACAACACUAUGAAUACGCUGGGCGGUGCUGCACAAAGUGUGAGCCAGGGAAGUAUAUGUCUGCUAGGUGCACUGGUACUUCUGAUAGCAUAUGCCAGACGUGUGGGCCGAACGAGUAUAUGGAUGUCUGGAACGAAGAAGAUAAAUGCUUACUACAUAAAAUAUGUGAUCAAGGGAAAGCUUUGAGAGAAGUGAACCCGGGGAACAGCACGUCCCAGCGUCAGUGUGCUUGUACGGAGGGCUACCACUGGAAUGAAGACUGCGACUGCUGUCAGCGAAAUACCAUAUGUGCUCCAGGAUUCGGAGUCGAGCAUCCUGUGCAGCAAGACAAGGACACGAGGUGUACGCCAUGUCCCAGAGGCUACUUCUCCAAGGUCGCUUCAUCCACCGACAAGUGUAUGCCCUGGACCAACUGUACAGCUCGAGGAAUGACAGAAAUAGUGCCUGGGACUGAGAAGUCGGAUGCAGUUUGCACAGAACGGAAGAUGCCUGAGCCGUCAGAAGAUGGAACAAACAGGAUCUUAUACGUGUUGAUUGUCAUCUUGUUUUUUGUGGCACUAAUUGGCAUUGUCAUCUUCAUCGUAUACUACAAGAAUAAGGGAAAAAAGUUGACAGCAGAUCUACAGAACUGGGCUAAUGAAGUGUGCAGCCAAAUAAAAGGAACAAAGGAGCCCCCCAGAGACGCAUUUGUUACCGUGAACAUCACGAAUGUUGCUGUGCCCCAGACCCCCGAAGGCGUGUGUCUCCUGGGCCCCACUGGCUCUCCUGCCCCUGGAAGCUCGUGCUGCACCAGCGGUCACGCUCCUUGCGGGAAGGGGAGCCCCAGCACGGUGUCGUGUGAGGCGGGAGGGAGCCUCCCAGAGUUUUCUGGGGUAACCGAGAGCGAUGAUGGUCACUUCCCAACAGUUCCCACAGAAAAUGAAUACAUGGAUAAGGAUCUCAAUACCGCUGAUUAUUUAUCUUUACUGAGCCGGACUGCCAGUAAAACCGUGUCGUCAUUUUCGGAACCAAUGGAGGCAGGGGAGAACGACAGCUUAAAUCAGUACUUUACAGGGAUUGGGAGCACAGAGGACAUAGCGGUCUCUCAAGGCUUUCCCCCUUCCUCCAGCACAGACGGGGCACACACUGCCACGGACAAACUUCUUCAGAAAUCUUGCCAACACGCCCACAGUUGCCCGAAGGAAACAGGCCACAAAGACACAGAUCCUUUUGCAACAAGCCAUGACUCGGAGAAGAUCUGUGUGAGGUGUGGCAUUUCGUACAGGGAAUCUCCCAGAAAGCGGAGCAAACCCUGUUGCGCCACGGCUGACGGUGCCUCUUCCACCUUCCCAGAAACUGGAUCCUAUGCACAGUGCACCUGUGGCUUGAAUUUUCUCUCUGCUGGUCAGAGCGCCCUAGCGAGUGAUUGUGGUGCGGAGGAUGCAUCUUUGGAUAGUACCAACGUGAACACUUCAGGGACAAACAGAAGCACUUCAGGGACAAACAGAAGCACUUCAGGGACGAACAGCAGCACUUCAGACCUCCCUCCAGCAUCCGGAAAUGUGACUGGAAACAGUAACUCCACCUUUAUCUCAAGUGGACAAGUAAUGAAUUUCAAGGGCGACAUCAUUGUUGUCUACCUUAGCCAAAACUCCCAGGAGGGGGGAACGGCCUCGGGGCUGAGUGAGGAGAACGUGGGCAGCCCCAUCCAGGAGGAAAACCUCAGCCGCUGUGAGACUUUUGCCGGCAACACGCAGCACUACAAGGAGAAGUGUGCGGAGCUGCAGGCCGCCUGCCCGGCAGCAGGGAGCGGGGGGCCGCG